GGAAGAGGGAAGCCGUGUACCUGCCGCCCCUCUAUCAGCCCGAGCCGCUUCCAGCUCAGUCAACCUGUAACGUUAAAACUGUGCUGGACAGGACAUCCGCCUCCUCAUCUCGUCGCUGACUGUGUCGUGGACCUAAGGCUCAAAGAUGUCUCAGAAGAUCAAGGCAGGCUCUGUGGUGGAGAUGCAGGGAGAUGAAAUGACCCGGGUCAUCUGGGAGCUCAUUAAGGAGAAACUCAUCUUCCCAUACCUGGAGCUCGACCUGCACAGCUACGACCUCGGUAUGGAGAACCGAGAUGCGACAGAUGAUCGGGUGACGGUUGAGGCGGCGGAGGCAGUCCGGCGUUACAACGUGGGCAUCAAGUGUGCCACCAUCACGCCGGAUGAGAAACGCGUGGAGGAGUUCAAGCUUAAGCAGAUGUGGCGUUCGCCCAAUGGCACCAUCCGUAACAUCCUAGGAGGCACAGUGUUCAGGGAGGCCAUUAUCUGCAAAAACAUCCCCCGCCUGGUGCCUGGCUGGAUCAAGCCCAUCAUCAUUGGCAGGCACGCCCAUGGAGAUCAGUACAAAGCCACAGACUUCGUGGUGCCUGGGCCUGGGAAAGUGGAGAUGACCUACACGCCCACAAGCGGAGAGCCAGUUAAAUUUGUCAUCCAUGAGUUUGAGGGCACAGGUGGUGUCGCUAUGGGGAUGUACAAUACAGAUAAGUCUAUCAGGGACUUUGCACACAGCUCCUUCCAGAUGGCUCUGGCCAAAGCCUGGCCGCUGUACCUCAGCACCAAGAACACCAUCCUGAAGAAGUAUGACGGUCGCUUCAAAGACAUCUUCCAGGAGAUCUACGAGAAGGAAUACCGUGCUCAGUUUGAGGCCAAAGGCAUCUGGUAUGAGCACCGUCUGAUAGAUGACAUGGUGGCCCAGGCCAUGAAAUCUGAGGGAGGCUUCAUUUGGGCCUGCAAGAACUACGACGGAGAUGUACAGUCUGACUCUGUGGCACAAGGCUAUGGCUCCCUGGGUAUGAUGACCAGUGUGCUGGUCUGUCCUGAUGGUCGCACAGUGGAGUCUGAGGCGGCCCACGGCACAGUGACUCGCCACUACAGACAACAUCAGCAGAAUAAAGAGACCUCCACCAAUCCCAUAGCCUCUAUCUUUGCAUGGACUCGGGGCCUGCUCCACCGUGCAAAGCUGGACAACAAUGCAGAGCUGCAAGCGUUCUCUGAGGCACUGGAGGCCGUAUGCAUCGAGACCAUCGAGGCUGGUUUCAUGACCAAGGAUUUGGCUAUCUGCAUCAAAGGCUUGCCAAGCGUGACACGUGCUGACUACUUGAACACCUUUGAGUUCCUGGACAAGCUGGCACAGAACCUGAAGAUCAAGCUAGCCAGCCAGCCCAAGCUGUGACCUGACCCCCCCGACUCAACAGCUAAACACAGAUACACACAUUUAAGCACAUGCCCAUGCACACAGAGACAUCUAUACAGCUACUCGAAUUCCCACUGGAGCAGGGAGGAGGGUGCCCAGGACUCCAGGAGAUCAGUGGACUAAACAAGUCAUUCCCUGACCGCUGGUCUGAUCAAGCAGGCGUCUUGUCCAGAAGGAAGGAAUGGAGGCUUCUGAUCAGCGUAGGCCAUCGUCCCUGUUAAUGCAUCACUAAUAGACAGCCGUGCUUGUCUCCAGGACUGACACUGGGUGACUGGCCUAAUGGCUCUGUGACCUUGUUUACCCUUGUUGCACUAGGUUCCCUGAAGUGAGUGUGGUGUGUGUGUUGUCAGUACUUGCUGGUGAUCUGUGCUAGACAGGGGACAGAAUCAGAGGGAGCAUCCAGCCCCUCGCUGCCUUAUUCGUUUUUGUGUCAAAGUCAUUGGUUGAUUCUGGUCAUCUCCUGUGUCUUGUAAUGUUUUAACAAUACCUCAGGCGACGAUUUAUGUUUUAGUGCCACAGUGCCACUCACAAACCACAGCACCUGCACUGUCAGCUUGUAUUUCAUCCAUGAAACCUCUCCGCAUGGCAGUGGAGUAGCCAUGCGUACCAUGAAGUUUUAUUGUUAAGCAGCAUGAAACACAUAGCAUAUCGACUUUUUUCUCUUCGUAGCAUUUAAAGGUUCUGACACUUCCAACACAAUUUGUAAGCAAAUGUUUUCAAGACUACAAUACACUGCUUUUAGAUUUUGUACUCUUAUUAACUUUACAAGUCACAGUUGUUCAAGACGUGUAUUUAUUUGUCCUUGCUUUGUGUGUGUGCGUGUGUGUAUUAACAUCCAGUAUGUCAAUACUGUACAUCCUGCCAAAAAAUCGUCAUCGAUUGUCCAUCUCUCAGUUUGUAAUCAACAUUAUGUCUGUUAAAUCCUAAUAUGAUAACUCAGAAUAAAUGAGAUU